AUGAAAACUUCUUUUUCUUGUUUUUCUUUUGUUUCUUUUAUUUCUUUAUACUUUUUGUCUUUAUUCUUUUUCUUGUUUUUCUUGUUUUUCUUUAUUCUUUUUCUUGUUUUUCUUUUUCUCUUUAUUCUUUUUCUUUCUCUCUUUCUUUUUCCUUUUGUUUCUUUUCCUUUCUUUUUCCUUUUGUUUCUUCUUUUCCUUUCUUUUUCCUUUUGUUUCUUUUUCCUUUCUUUUUCCUUUUGUUUCUUUUCCUUUCUUUUUCCUUUUGUUUUCUUUUCCUUUCUUUCCUUUGUUUCUUUUCCUUUCUUUUCCUUUUGUUUCUUUUUCCUUUCUUUUUCCUUUUGUUUCUUUUUUUCUUUCUUUUUCCUUUCUUUUUUUUUUUGUUUCUUUUCCUUUUGUUUCUUUUUCCUUUCUUUUUCCUUUUGUUUCUUUUUCCUUUCUUUUUCCUUUUGUUUCUUUUUCCUUUCUUUUUCCUUUUGUUUCUUUUUCCUUUCUUUUUCCUUUUGUUUCUUUUUCCUUUCUUUUUCCUUUUGUUUCUUUUUCCUUUUGUUUCUUUUUCCUUUCUUUUUCCUUUUGUUUCUUUUUCCUUUCUUUUUCCUUUCUUUUUCCUUUUGUUUCUUUUUCCUUUUGUUUCUUUUUCCUUUUGUUUCUUUUUCCUUUCUUUCCUUUUGUUUCUUUUCCUUUCUUUUCCUUUCUUUUUCCUUUUGUUUCUUUUUCCUUUCUUUUUCCUUUUGUUUCUUUUUCCUUUCUUUUUCCUUUCUUUUUCCUUUUGUUUCUUUUUCCUUUCUUUUUCCUUUUCUUUCUUUCCUUUCUUUUUCCUUUUCUUUCUUUCCUUUCUUUUUCCUUUUCUUUCUUUCCUUUCUUUUUCCUUUUCUUUCUUUCCUUUCUUUUUCCUUUUGUUUCUUUUUCCUUUCUUUUUCCUUUUGUUUCUUUUUCCUUUCUUUUUCCUUUUGUUUCUUUUUCCUUUCUUUUUCCUUUUGUUUUUAA